GCAAAUGAAGAUGACGGUACGUCGGUAUGUCGCGAUUCCAAAGGUCUGAUCCCAACACACCUGUGCACACACGGUUCUUAACGUGUACUGGUGACCAAAAGAAGAACAUGUCGCGAAAGAAACGGUCGAAUUGUAAAAAAAUAUCUAAGAAAAUAUCAGAGGACGUGUCGGAGAUUAUCGAGACUGUUGAGGUUCACCCAUAUGCCAGAGAGAAGUCGGAGAGUGAGGAGACUCCAGCGAAGGGAAGCCCCCAGAGAGUAGACUCUCAGACUCAGCGGGUAACUCACAGCAAUACUCCGAUCAAACAGAAGACCUCCAAAGAUGUUUACUUCGCGUUUCUGCCCGAUAAAUAUGAGCCACUUAUUGAGGACGAGUUGGAAGAGGAUGUAGAGUGGAAAGAAGAGAAGGAAAGGAAGAAAAAGGAAAAAUACAAAAAGUACAGAAAGAAUGUUGGUAAAGCCCUGCGGUUCGGCUGGCGAUGCCUGGUUGCCGGGUUACAGAGCUUUGCUGGUGGCUAUGCCACGCCCCUUUCGGCAGCGGCCACCUUGGUGACUGACGCCCACAGGGCUGGUAGCAAAGGAUGAUGGGAUUUUAGUGGACUGAUCCAGGAGGACUGGGACCCAGACCUCUCUCUCUCACGCUCUGUUAGGCAAACACACACACACUAACACACACUAACACACUGAAACACAUCUUCACCUUUACCCGAGAUGUGGGAAUUGCACACACUGGUGGCUUGUAAAAGCAUGUAAUAGAUGAGGGUUAUCAUGCUAUCUGUUGUAUUUUACAGCAUCCGUAAAGAUAUGUUCAUUCUGGGAAGCCAACACAGCUACACAGUCCCCCUGGCUGUAAGACUGACCAUCAGUGAGUCCUCCUUAAUACUAGGCAUGAUAGAGAUGAGAGAGAGAAAUAUAUGGAUUGGUAUAGAUUAUCCUCUUUACAAUGUAUUAUUACUGAAUUACUGUUUUACAGUGUAGAAUUUGUAAUCAAUGUGUAACGCAGUGUAUCAUUUCUAAAUGCAUUAUGUUUGUAAUUGUUUGAAGCUGCAGUGCAGUUGGACUUGUGUGUGUUAUGAUGAGUACAUCUGACUUCAAUCAUCAGGAAGGGGGGCACACGGUUUACAGGGAAUUCCAUGUCAAGAUUUCAACAUAGCACUUAUAUCAAUAGUUUUUUUGUUUCAAUCAUAUUACGUAACUGCGCUGGAGGUAGGCAAGAGGUUGAAACCUGUAGAGCCAAGACAGGCAGACAGACAGAGCUAGAACAGACAGACAAAUGGAUGGACAGAGAGAGACAGGCUUGGCAUACAGAACCGAUUAGGAAAGAGAGUGACAGAGAUCCAAUACCCGGAGAGGGAAAGAGAGAGAGAGAGAGAGAGAGAGAGAGAGAGAGAGAGAGAGAGAGAGAGAGAGAGAGAGAGAGAGAGAGAGAGAGAGAGAGAGAGAGAGAGAGAGAGAGAGAGAGAGAGAGAGAGAGAGAGAAAGAUACAAAGACAAAUAGUGAGAAAGAGAGAAAAAGGGAGAGAGAUUAUUAAAAAGACGGUGGUUUUCCAGAAGAGGAGAGAAGAGUUAAAACAGAGAGUUGAGAAAAGGAGAAAGAGGGAAAUGAUGAGAUGAAGAGUCGAGCAGGGAAAGUGUUGAAGAGAGUGUGUUUGAUCACUGUGAAUGUGACCAUAUCAACAUGAAUUAAAGAAAGCCGAAUUUAUAUAUAGUAACAAACUGGUAUGAAGUCCUGGUAUCUUCGAGGUUAUGACUUUUUCCUAUGAUUCGCUUAAGUUACAAUUAUAACAAAUAUUCCCCCCACAUCUGCUCUACGACCAUAGGCCUACAUAAUUUCACAGUGGAUACAGCAGAGUGCGAAUUAUACAAUGACAAUCGGGGGGGUCAACUUCUUCUCCAGGGCGUAAAGUCAUAUUUCCGAUUACAGGUAAGAACGAUUUAUAAAUGUAUUGACCCCCCCCCCCCACCUGUUGUUUUACCUCUUUUGUGGGGGUCCAAGUCUUAAUUAUGGGGGUCAACCCACCAGUGGCGGUUCUAGACAAAUUUUACUCUGGGGGCCAAGGUGGGGCCAGUGUUUAAUCAGAGGGGCACAUUAAAAAACAGAAACAAAUGAUAUUUAAAUGUUAAAUACUUUUAUUUUGCUUCACAUUAAAAUCAUACAAACGG